CGUCAACUGCUGGUCAUCCCAGUGAACAUGCUGCGAUAACACCCGUCUUUUGCUCGCCGUCGUGAUUUUCGCCCUUUUCUCGAUCGCUCCGCCGCCCUUCGAGACCGUAGCCGCAACGGAUAUUGCAUUGCAUGGUGUCCAAGCUUCGCCCGGCAUCCUGACAGCGGUCAGAAGAGCUAGACUUGAACCACCCCGCAAGGAAGACUCGGCUUCGUGUGGAGGACCAGUGGCCCUCUCGACCCCCGUUUCCUUGCUUUGGACUUGAAAGACCUUGGACUCGAAAAAGAAAUACGGGAUGGCUGAUCACGACCAUGGACAUUCUCCACGCGACCGCACGUCGUCGUCGGGGAGCAGCAAUGCCGCGUUUCCAAUGCUUCAAACGGCGCCCAGCGGAGGCCAUUCGAAAUCGCCGCCCAUGAAGCUUCCCACUACCCCGUCUACGAGCCACCGCAGUAGCUUAGCGGAGAAUCUGCGCGGGCAUCCCACCAGCCCCAGGCAGGCCCAUCGCUCUCCUAGCCUGUCGCAGCAGGCGUUCAUGGAACUCAUCAAUAACCCCCCGACGAAACAUACACACGAGGGCGAGGAGAGCAAGUACGCGGGAAGAGAUUGGAAGACGAUACGGGUGGGAGAGGUGGUUGAUCUAGAGCUUGUGCGCUUUGCAGAAAUGGAUACCAGCGUCGAAGAGGCCACCAAUAUUUUGAUUACAAGCGGGAGUCCGAACGUGGUCCUGCUGAGAGACAGCAAGACUUCGAGAAAACCGAUCGGCACAUUUGAUUACAAUGAUCUUAACGCGUAUCUUCUUCUCGUCGUGGGCCUGGCACAACCUGAGGAUAGACAGUCCUUCAAAGAGCUGGCGCAGAAGGGACGGGAAGGGAAGCCCAUUCCUCUACGCGACGUCAAGGAUCUCAGCAAGAAAGAGCCCUUGUUCACUUUGCCUCACUCGGCCGACCUGACAAAGGCAAUUGAGAUCUUGGGCAGCGGCAUCCAUCGCAUCGUCAUUGUAGACGAGAAAACUGGAGAUGCCGUCGGCGUCUUGACGCAGCUACGGAUGGUCGAGUUUUUCUGGGACAAUGAGAAGCAUUUCAAGCCGCUGCAAGAGCUCUAUCAGGCCACACUAAAAGAUUUGAACAUCGGCGCAUACAGUGUUUUCGCCAUUAACGGUGACAAGCCUCUAACGGACGCACUCGAGCUCAUGAACAAUGAGGGUAUAACCUCAUUACCAGUCCUCGACAACCAGAAUAACGUCAUCGGCAAUAUUUCUCAUGUUGACGUUAGGCUACUCACAAAGAACACGGCCCUUCCCUUGCUUCGCUCUUCGUGUAUACACUUCAUCUCUGUCAUCCUUUCGGAGCGUGGUGUGUUUGACGGCAAGGACUCAUACCCAGUAUUCCAUGUAACACCUUUGUCGACACUGGCACAUACAGUUGCCAAGCUCGUGGCUACCAGAUCACAUCGCAUGUGGAUCGUCCAGCCUCCAUCUCCUGCAUCCUCCGCCUCCGCCACGCCUUCGAUGACUCCUCUUGCUACAACAGCGCCUUCAAGUGCCCUCUCAUCUUCCCCAUCGUCCUCCACCGUCCUCCCUCCGCUGACUCCCUCGCAUGCCGGGCCGCCAUACACUACACAUCCGGUUUCGUCAACCUCGGCUGUAACUGCCAGCGCGAUCCCCGGGGCAACGCUCUCCGGCCGCUUAUCUGGUGUGGUAUCACUAACAGAUGUCUUGAAUUUGUUUGCCAAGGCAUCAGGCCUGAAUCCGCACGACCCGGGCGAGGUUAGGCAGAUGAGAAGACGAAGCUCAAGCGCGAGUGCGACCCGAAGAAGCAUUGAGAGCUCAAGAAGCGAAAGCGUCGGGGCAGGAAGCAGUAUUGCAGGGAGCAGGAGGGGCAGCGUCAGCGGUAAUAGAAGAGCUCCUGUGUAGCAACUCGCGCACAUUGUCGCUGGGCCAUUUUCGGAGUUUUCAUAGAUCGAAAAGCCACUUUGCAGCUUAGGGUUUCCAAGUUGCAGAUCUGCUUUCUAGGCGAGAAAGAAUUGAAGGGUUACGCACCGGCGUUUGAUUGGUAAAUGGUUUAAAGAUUUCUGGCCACUUCAUCAGCGGACUGUGGCUCCGACGCUGCUCUCUCAUUUUUUCCCUAAUUUGAGCGUUUAGUUUGUGAUGGUCUAGAGGUACGAAUUAUGCAAAAAGAAAUAUAAAUAUAUAUGUGUAUGUAUGUAUCAAAGCAG